CAGGCAAAAAUUUUGCGCUAUAGCCUUCCGUUUUGGUCCGAAAGCGUCUCUCCGGAUGUAAUAAAUCUCUUUUGACCGGGGAGGGAAGAUAAUCUGCCGCCACAUUGAUAAUGCAAGAUUUCAGCUCUCACGCAAACGGCGGCGGCGGCUACAAAAGCUACAGGCCGCCCAGUCGUCCCUUCUAUGUGCCGGCGGGCAAUGUCGCCUUCCGCCUCCUCUGCCACGCCUCCCGCGUCGGCGGUGUUAUUGGCAAGUCCGGAUGCAUCAUCAAGCAGCUUCAGCAGGAUACCACCGCCAAGAUUCGGGUCGAGGACUCCGGCAACAACUCGGACGAGCACCGGGUCAUUGUCGUCAUAGCUUCGCCCUUGGUCAACAGGAAGAUUAAAUUUUGCGCCACUAGGAACGAAGAAGAAGAAGUAGAAGAAGAGAGAACGGAUGGCAGUGAGGAAUUCGAAGUCUCGGCGGCGCAGGAAGCCGUGGUUAGGGUUUUUGAGAGAGUGAUUGAAGUGACGGCGGAGAGCGUCGGGAUGGUAUUGGGCACCGGAAGUUUAGUUUCGUGUAGACUCCUUGCAAAGGUUAAUCAGGUAGGGUCGGUGAUCGGCAAAGGUGGGAUGGUUGUUGAUUUGAUAAGGAAGGAAACCGGCUGUAGAAUUAAGGUCAUAACAUCGGAAAAUCUGCCGGCUUGCACGUUGCCGGGGGACAAAGUGGUGGAGAUUGAAGGUGAAAUUCUGGGUGUGAAGAAAGCACUCAUUGCUGUCACUUCCAAGCUUCAAGAUGGUAUGCAACCCGAGAGAGCAACAAUUAGUGACAACCGGGUUGGUGAUAUUUCUCAAGAAGCAUUGCAUGAACCGCAAGUUGAUUUACCUGAACAAAGCAGUUCAAUGCUGCCUACUGUUCCCACAAGCCCUACCUCUUCCCACUCAGUUGGUCACUUUUUCUCACAAGGAGCUGAUAGUUCUUCCAACUUUGAGUCAAAGAUGUCAAAGCAAGAGGUUACUUUCAAAAUUCUCUGUCUUGCUGAUAAAGUAGGGGUUAUAAUUGGCAAGGCAGGAACAAUUGUUAAGGCUCUUGAACACGAAACAGGUGCAGCUAUCAGGGUUGGGCCAAUCGUUGCAGAGUGUUAUGAGCGAUUGAUAACCAUUACUGCAUUUGAGAAUUUAGAAUCACAUCAAUCCCCAGCGCAACGUGCUAUUCUUGUUGUUUUCAAUAAACUUGCGGCCAUCAACUCUGAGAAGGGAUCAAAUUUAUUUUCAAAAGGGUCAUUUAUUUCAGCUCGACUUAUAGUACAACCAAAUCAAGCUGGGUGUUUAUUGGGAAAAGGAGGUUCGAUAAUAGCAGAGAUGAGAAAGAUGACUGGUGCCCGCAUAAUAAUACAUAGGGGUGACCAAGUUCCAAAGUGUGCUUCAGAGAACGAUGAAGUAGUAGAGAUUACAGGUGAAAUCGUAAAUGUUAGAGAUGCUUUAUGUAGUGUCACUGAUAAGCUGCGCAAUAACCUAUUGCAAGUGAAAUCGUCAAAUAAUGUUGGUUUUGGCAGUUCCACCUUAACAACUGAGAAUACUCCCUAUGGCAGAUUUAAGAAUGGUCCUCCCGGUCCUGGAUUCAAUCACUCUUCUGGUGCCUCUAGUGUUACUAAUCCCCCUUCUGACUUAGUACAAAGCAUGGGAGAUCUCGGAAUUUCUCACAACAUGGAUGGUCUGCGGUCACAAAGUCUUUGGCAAUCGCAGUCACAAAUUGGAAUGAAUCAGAGAGGCACUACCAAUUUAGGCAGAGGAUCAAUUUCAGCUAAAGGUGGUUUGGAGCUUGGCAGGUCUGCCAUUGUGACAAAUACAACUGUGGAGAUCGUGGUUCCUGAAAAUGUUAUUGGGUCGGUUUAUGGGGAGAAUGGCAACAAUUUGGAACGUCUGAGACAGAUUUCUGGGGCAAAGGUGACGAUGCGUGAGCCACAUCCUGGAACUACUGACCGGACUAUUGUGAUCUCUGGAACUCCUGACGAAACUCAAACCGCUCAGAGCCUCCUUCAAGCAUUUAUAAUUAAUGGAUCUCCGUGAUAACUCCCUGGCAGUUUUUAACCUCACCAUGAACCCAUUUUUGGAUAGUUUAUCAUGCCCAAAGGGAUAUAGCAGCAGCAAAACACUUCCUCCGGAAUACACAAUGCAAUUAAGCUAAGCUGUCAAGCUCUAAAGCUAACAUUUGAUGUGCUAUUCAGUGUCUUUUGUCAUAUACAGGAUUGAAAUUACAUCUCCCUAUUUCAAAAUGAGAUAGCUUUGGUUGUUCUUAUAUCCAGGCUUAGAGUGUUCUAAUUUUUGGUUUUACCAACUUGUGAAGACCAUAGAGUUAUGAUUUAUUUAUGAGUCUGUUCUUUAUCUUGAAAACCUCUGCAAGUUCUGUUCUUAAUCAUAUGUAUGUUACAA